AUAGGUCCUGGCGACUUCUUGGAGGGAUUUGGAGGAUAGAAGAGCAGAGAGAGAUUUAAGAAUUGAUAGGCGAUCGAGUUGCGUUUGGCAGGGUGGAUGUGCACAAGCAAAGUCACGGAGUUUCUCCCCCCCUCUGUUAUGGGAUUAUUGCCAGCAAUGGACAGAGAGAGGAAGGAGCAACAGCGGCCGGUGUUCUGUGAUUUUCACGGUUAUAAAAGCACGGAGCAGAAGUAUUUAAUUAUCGCAUCAGACAAUAUUUAACAACGUCUCAAAUAGGUUGGUUAUCCAAAUAUUAUAAAGCCUUCACAGGACGGAUCCAAAAAAAAAAAAAUCGCAACCAUGACGACUGAGGGCUCCCAGCAGCAUUUGGAUCUAUGUAGUCCAGCGGCCAGUGCUCUGAAUGCAGCUCUGCUGGGCGCACAGCCAUUGAUGGAGAGAGCGCACGCUACACCAACUCAAGGAAAAAAGGGAAACUCUGGCUUGAGACGCCCUGAAAAACCCCCUUACUCAUACAUUGCCCUUAUUGUGAUGGCAAUUCAAAGCUCACCGACUAAAAGACUUACUUUGAGUGAGAUCUAUCAGUUCCUACAGGCUCGCUUCCCUUUCUUCAGGGGAUCAUAUCAGGGGUGGAAAAACUCUGUGAGACACAACCUGUCUCUGAACGAGUGUUUUAUAAAGCUGCCAAAAGGUCUAGGCAGACCUGGCAAAGGGCAUUACUGGACCAUCGACCCGGGUAGCGAGUUCAUGUUCGAGGAGGGCUCCUUUCGCCGCAGACCUAGGGGGUUCCGCAGGAAAUGCCAAGCUCUGAAACCAAUGUACAGGAUGAUGAAUGGUAUCGGCUUUGGGGCCCUGCCUCAAAACUUUGAUUUCCAAACACCUUCGGGCUCAUUAGCAUGUCACAACAGCUAUAAUAUGGACUUGAUGGGGAAUACAGUGCCAGGUGGCUUCGAUGGACUCGGAGGGGGGCAUCAUGUCCCACACAUGUCAGCAGGCUCCGGGUCAUCGUACAUGGCUGCCUGUCAGGUGGCCUCUAACGCGGACUAUUGCCCGGACAGCAGCAGUAGUGCGCUGCAGUCCUCCCCAGCGAUGGUAGGCACUUUGGACUGUCACUCACACUGGAGUUCACCUGGUGUACCUUCCUACAUCAAACAGCAGACUCUGGCAUCAGGCAGUCCCCCUUCUGCCCUGCACACGGGGAUGCCACCUUACUCUGUGGAUCAGGGCUAUCUGCACCAUAAUGCACGAGAUUCUUCUGACAUUUCAGUGGGACUGCCUCGAUAUUCCGGCCAUUCAGCUCCUGUGUGUGACAGGAAAGACUUCGUCCUGAACCUAAACGGACUCACUUCCCUCCAUCCAAGCUCCGGAGGAUCUUACUAUCAGCUUCAUCACCAGAGCAUCUAUCGGGAUGUAAAGCCAUGUGUCAUGUGACAAAAGAAGAGGCAAACGACCUCCACGGACAAAACUGUCAAGUACUUUUCAUCUCUUUCCAUCUUCAAACGGAGUUAUUGUAACCAACCUUUUAAAGACGCAAAGACGAUUUGAUUUUCUCCAAACGCAUAUGAAUAAACACUAUCUACAUAUUUACUCAAACAAAUGCAUGGCACAGGUACCUGAAUUAUUCUUUAUUCAUGGACUUGUUGAUUUCCUGCACAAGCCAUUAAAGAGACUUAUUUUGAAAGGAAAAUCCGAAAGUGUUCGUUUUAGGAAACGUGUUUCUUUUGACAAGUUUUGUACAGAAUCAGUUUUUAGAUCAGCACUUUU